ACCUUCAGAAGUUCCUCUCUGCUUCACAUCUUUUCCCUCCUCUCUUCUAACUUAAACAACAAAGAGCAGUCCCACUAGAUUGCUCCAGCCACCAAACCCUCCAAAACAACCAGGAUUCCUAUAUAUCAUUCACAUCUCCACCAUGUCUUCCUGAGAUACACCAUAUCUCUUCUUGCAUCCUUCUCUCUCAUGCAUGCCUUCAUGCACAGCGAAGUCGGCUUGUUGUUUGUAUCACCGUGAAGUUUAAAGCCAGCACAGCCAUAUACUGCUAGCUAAAUCAAGUAAACUCCAUCGAAGCCUUCCUACGUCUGCAUGGAUCCUUGGAGUGAAAUUGAGGGCAAGAGAGCCCAUGAUCCUAUCUUCCAACGUUUCAGCCAAAAUCAAAACCAUCGCCAACCUGUUGAGAACUGCUGCGAGGAAAAGAGCGUGGAUGCUGUCGUUGCUCGCUCCGAGCGAUGUACAUGUAUCUGGGUCUCAGGGCCAAUUAUCGUGGGUGCAGGACCAUCAGGUCUUGCCGUCGCAGCAUGUCUCAAGGAGAAGGGGGUCGGCAGCCUUAUUCUUGAGCGCUCCAACUGCAUAGCUUCCCUCUGGCAGCUCAAGACGUAUGACCGUCUCAGCCUUCAUCUUCCCCGGCAAUUCUGUGAGCUUCCCCUCAUGCCUUUCCCUGCCGACUACCCUAUCUAUCCCUCAAAGCAGCAGUUUGUAGCUUAUCUGGAGAGCUAUGCUGCAAGGUUCGGCAUCUGUCCCACGUACAACCGCACAGUGGUACAUGCAGAGUAUGAUGAGCAGCUUCUGUUAUGGCGCGUGAGCACGCGAACUUCUGACUCAAUGGGAGAAGAGGUGGAGUAUGUGUCUCGGUGGCUUGUUGUUGCGACUGGUGAGAACGCUGAGGCUGUGCAGCCAGACAUUGAUGGCCUACAAGAGUUCCAGGGAACAGUUAUGCACACCAGCGCAUACAAAAGCGGCAGCACAUUCACGGGGAGGCGUGUUCUCGUCGUCGGGUGUGGCAACUCCGGCAUGGAGGUGUGCCUAGACCUCUGCAACCACAAUGCGGAGCCCCAUAUUGUAGUAAGAGAUGCUGUGCACAUCUUGCCCAGGGAGAUGCUGGGUCAGUCCACCUUUGGGCUGUCAAUGUGGCUGCUCAAGUGGCUCCCAGUACACGUGGUGGACCGUAUUCUACUGCUCAUAGCACGGGCCAUGCUUGGGGAUACUGCUCAACUCGGGUUAAAGCGUCCUAGCUUUGGUCCUCUCGAGCUUAAAUCACUCUCAGGGAAGACCCCAGUUCUUGACGUUGGCACAUUUGCAAAGAUUAAGUCUGGUAAUAUCAAGGUACAAUCUGCCAUAAGACGGAUAUCAGGAAGAGAGGUAGAAUUUGUGGAUGGUCGGUCGGAGGAGUUUGAUGCUAUUGUGCUUGCAACUGGCUACAAGAGCAAUGUUCCCUUCUGGUUGAAGGACCGGGAGUUAUUUUCCGAAAAAGAUGGCUUGCCAAGAAAAGCAUUUCCAAACGGGUGGAAGGGUGAGAAUGGCAUUUACUCGGUCGGAUUCACCCGGCGUGGACUGAUGGGGACAUCAGUCGAUGCCAGAAGGAUCGCUCACGACAUCGAGCAGCAGUGGAAGGCCGAAGGGAUGCAUCUGGAUGGUGUUCCUCUAGCUCUCGUCGGUGUUGUUUGCCAUGAUGACGGGAGGUGUGUCAUCGCUCAUAAGCUUGUGAAUACUAGCAGUGGUAGGUUUGGUGAGAGUGAUACGAUAUUUGCCGACUUCAGGGGUGCCCUUGAAGUUCCAAAGGUUGUAAUUCUGCUGCUCUGUUGCUUGCUUUUCAGUGCUUGUAUAGGGUAUGUACUGUCAAUUUUUGUGUUGUUUGGUUAUUGAUGACUAACCAUCCUAUAGGCAGCCCUGCAUGGUCCCCACGUUCAACAAUCGGACUCAGUUUGGCCUCGACUGAUAAUGAACUUGGUUUUGCUUUUAUGAUGUGGGCGCGCGUAUGUUUAUCUCACGCACGGUUUCGUGGAACUCGCCAAGCAACU